AGGAUCCUCAGUCACAUGCUGUGCUCAAAACACUUGGCAGCACAUUUCAGCUAUAAAAAAUGAAACCUUGGGCCAGUUAUAACUCUCUUCUUUUCAUUCUUUAUAAAUUUUAAUUAGUUUACUAAGGAUUGGCUGACAGCAUGAUAUUUGGGGCCACUUCACCUGCCAGUCAGAAGGGCAAUGAACAUCUCUAAGAUGUGACUUCCCCACGCCAUCCUCAAUCAUAAGGAGGCAGCCAGCUCUGAGAUCACAGGCACAGUAGUUUUGUGAGGCACAUUUUGCAAGUAAUAAAUGGAGAAGAAUCUCACCACCCCAGUAACAGAAUUUGUCCUCUUGGGUCUCACUCAGAAUCCUAAGCUGCAGCGAUUCCUCUUUGUGAUUUUCUUCAUCAUCUACGUGAACACUUGGCUGGGAAACUUCACCAUCAUCACCACCGUGAUCACCGACCGCCAGCUCCACACUCCCAUGUACUUCCUGCUAGCCAACUUGGCUUUCUUGGAUGUCAGUGAAUCAUCAGUAAAUGCUCCAAAAUUGCUCUCAGGUCUCCUCACCCAGAGUAAAACCAUCUCAUUCAAUGAGUGCAUCCUCCAGAUGUUCUUCUUCCACUUAAUUGGAGGCGCUAUGGUCUUUUUACUUGUGGUGAUGGCUGCCGAUAGGUACGUGGCCAUCUAUAAACCACUGAGAUACAUGACUAUCAUGAACCGGGGUGUGUGUGUGGUGUUAGUGUUAAAUGCAUGGCUGGGUGGAUUGGUUCACUCUGCUGUUCAGCUUGGACUGCUCCUCCAGUUGCCGUUCUGUGGUCCAAAUGUCCUGGACAAUUUCUACUGUGAUAUCCCGCAAGUCAUCAAACUGGCCUCCACCGACACUCACUUGGUUGAAUGGCAGAUGGUCUUCAAUGCUGGAGUGCUGCUCAUAAUAAUAUUCAUCAUUCUGCUGAUUUCCUACACUGUCAUCUUAGUCAAGAUCAGGACACAUGUCAUGGAAGGGAAGCGCAAGGCUCUGUCCACUUGUGGAACCCAGAUUACUGUGGUGUGUUUACAAUUCAUUCCCAGCAUCUUCAUUUAUGCUCGGCCUUUCAGGCAGUUCAGGCUGGACAAGGUAAUAUCCGUCAUUUACACUGUAAUCACCCCGAUGCUGAACUUGAUGAUCUACACGUUGAGAAAUGCCGAGAUGAAGAAGGCCAUCAGGAGACUGACGAGGAGAAUGCUCUUCUCGGGGAGGGAAAGAGAGACAUAAUUGAUCUUCCAAUCUUACAUUUGUGUUAAAAAUCUAAUUUGUGCACUGUAUCAGACAGCAGAUAUAUGUGGCACGUGAAAAGUGUGUGGAGUAAAAAGAGAUCAAAUACUGCACACUCAAGAGAAUCUGGGCUCACAAACACAUUAUAGACUGAGGGCAAGAACCUCCAUGUAAGUAAAAAAAGCAGUGGGUAUAAAUAAGACAUAGCUCCAUGAGGGUAAAUGGGUCAGUUCCCAGCGGGAGGAAAUGGGGGCAUCCUUCCUAAUUGGCUUCCACCUGUUGGGCUUUUGACACUGAGAAUUGCUGGCUGAAAUCCCUCUAAGAAUGAUUUCAACUAAUGAGGAACUCAUGAAAAUCAGUUCCUUCUCCGAAAAAAGAUCUGUUCAGUAAAUUGUGUAUCAGAACUAAUGUACUGAUUGU